UUUUACGUCUGUAAUAAUAUUACACUUAAAUGUCUUACAUAAAAAAUCUGUCGGAAUUAAACGCAACAACAGCCACUAAAAUAUUGCAAGAAUAUUUCAACGACACUUCCAUUGAUGUUGUGAGUCUUUUAGAGGAGAAGAAACAUGACAACGACAAUGACAAUUUUAGCUCUGAUUUAACCCGGUGGAAAAUAAGUUUUAAACAACAAGGUAAAUCAGAUCAAACAAUUAGUGUAGUUGUCAAGGUAUCAAAAAAAAGUUUUUAACCAUCGAUAUCUAUCAGUAAUUACAAAACCAUUUUCUAAAGAAACCUUUUGGUAUCAUUUGGCCUAUCCAGAGCUUGUUAAAACAUUUCCAGAAAUUUUGACCAUUUCCCCUAUCUGUUAUUACUCAUACACCAACUAUUUAGAUUAUAUGAUUGGCAGAAAGAGAUUCUUUGAGAAGUAUUGUAGUUUUCUCUUCUGGCCUUGUGUUCUUCCUGAAGAGAAAGGAAUAUUGAUCUUAAAGAAUCUUACUCAGGGGAACAAACCAAUGAAACUAUUAGAUAAAAGACGUCUUCUUAGCUACAACCAAGCCAAAGUGGCUCUUGAAACUUUAGCCAGAUUUCAUGGAGUUUGGCUCAAAUGGGUACACUUGGCCAAAACACAAAAAGAUUUUGCCAAAACAUUCAAACCAGAAUAUGCUGAAGAAUGCUGCAUCGCGAUGAAAGAUAUCAUUUUAAAUCGUCUUCUAAAGACUUGCACCAAAAUUGUUACAUCUCUUCUUAGGAAUGAAAAUAUCUCCGAGGUUAUUAUUCAAAAAUGGAUUACCUAUGGAGAAACGCAAAUGCUCCAGAAUCUGAUAUAUGGCAUGGAUUCAAAAAUUGAAAAGUACCGAUCCAAGAUCUUGACCAUGUGUCAUGGAGAUUUCUGGUGCAACAACAUGCUCUUCAAUGAGGAUGAGAGCUAUGUCACCUUGAUUGAUUACCAAAUGAUGUCAUUUUAUCAUCCAGCUCUGGACAUUUGGUACAUGCUCUCUAUUUCAACCGAUCGGGAGUUCAGAAAGGUUCAUUUACGAAAUCUUCUUCAAGACUAUUUUAAAGUCUUCGUAUCAUAUGCAAAAGACGCAGGAGUUGAAAUAAGUUUUGAAGAGUUUGAAGCAGAAGUUAACAUCCGAAGAGAUGUUAUGCUAUCAUUUGGAUUGACAAUUAUGUCAAAUGUGCUUAGUCCAUUUCAGAUUGAUUUUGGAGGUUGGAGAUCAAUUGCUGAAAUAACUAAAAAGCAUGAAAGAGAAGUUGGAGGAGCUCCAAAGCCGGAUGAUCAUCCAAUGAUUCGUGAGAUCAGACGAAGAGUGUUAGGAUUAGUUUUGGAAGCAGAAGAAGUUGGGUUCAUUUAAAUUUUUUUUUUACGAGGGUUGAGGGAAGGGUAAUAAUGGAAGACGAAUAUAUUACUUGA